CUCUUGGCUGGGCCGAGAGUGGGGAGCGGGGGAAGGAGGGAGGGAGCAGUUGCUCCUGUUCCAAGAUGGCGGACGGCGAGUCGCCACUCCUCCAGUCCCGGAACGGCGGCCGCAACAGCAGCAGGAGCGACGGCGCUGUCGCGGCCACGGCUGCGGAGAGCCCCGAGCCCGCUCUCAAGCGUCAGCGCCGCGGCUCGACUGACAGCGCCGGGUCAGGCUGUGCGGCCGCGAGGGGAGACACCGGAGAGGCGGACUCGGCACCGCUCAGAAGAAGCGCCGCCGACGAGGCCCUGAGGAGGGAGAAGGAGGUCGCGGCCACCGCCACGGCCGAGCCGGGAGAGGCCGCCGCGGCGGCGGGCGGAGAAGGAUGGAGCUGCGCGGAAGGCGGGUUCAGGCGGUGGGGCCUAGCCCGAGAGGAGCCGCCGCCGCCGCACCAACUGCAGCCGUCGCGGUGGCUGAGCCGAGGGGAGGGAGCGGAGGCGGCGCCCGGCGGAGGCGCAGCGGAGACGGCCAUUGGCUGCGGGCCGGCGCAGUGUUCGAACGGGGCUGUGGAGGCGGCGGUGGCGCCGCAACCCGAUAAUAUAUUUUUUAAUGAUGAGAUCAUUGCAAAUGGUUUCCAUUCCUGUGAGAGUGAUGAAGAUGAUAGAGCCUCCCAUGCAAGCUCCAGUGACUGGACUCCAAGGCCACGUAUAGGUCCUUAUACUUUUGUUCAACAACACCUCAUGAUAGGCACAGAUCCACGUGCAAUUCUGAAAGACUUGUUGCCAGAAACAAUUCCUCCUCCUGAAUUGGAUGAUAUGACAUUAUGGCAAAUUGUUAUUAAUAUCCUAUCGGAACCACCUAAAAGAAAAAAGAGAAAAGACAUUAAUAGUAUGGAGGAUGCUGUGAAACUUCUACAAGAGUGCAAAAAAAUAAUUGUCUUGACUGGAGCUGGGGUGUCUGUUUCUUGUGGAAUCCCUGACUUCCGCUCAAGAGAUGGUAUCUACGCACGCCUUGCAGUCGAUUUUCCAGAUCUUCCUGAUCCUCAAGCAAUGUUUGACAUUGAAUACUUCAGAAAAGAUCCAAGGCCAUUUUUUAAAUUUGCAAAGGAAAUCUAUCCUGGACAGUUUCAGCCAUCUCUCUGUCAUAAGUUUAUAGCUUUGAUGGAUAAAGAAAGAAAACUUCUACGCAAUUAUACUCAGAAUAUAGAUACACUGGAACAAGUUGCAGGAAUUCAAAGGAUAAUCCAAUGUCAUGGUUCCUUUGCAACAGCUUCUUGCCUCAUUUGUAAAUACAAAGUUGAUUGUGAAGUUGUUCGAGGAGAUAUUUUUAAUCAGGUUGUUCCUAGAUGCCCUAGAUGCCCACCAGAUGAACUACUUGCCAUCAUGAAACCAGAAAUAGUGUUCUUUGGUGAAAAUCUACCUGAGCAGUUUCAUAGAGCCAUGAAAUACGAUAAAGAUGAGGUUGAUCUUCUUAUUGUUAUUGGCUCUUCACUUAAAGUAAGACCAGUAGCAUUGAUUCCAAGUUCCAUCCCACAUGAAGUGCCUCAGAUUUUAAUUAACAGGGAACCAUUGCCUCAUCUACACUUCGAUGUGGAGCUUCUUGGUGACUGUGAUGUUAUUAUCAAUGAAUUAUGUCAUAGAUUAGGUGGUGAAUAUACAAAACUUUGUAACAGUUCAGUCAAACUUUCAGAAAUAACAGAGAAACCUCCACGACCACACAAAGAAUUUGAAAUACAUUCAGCUGAGUUACCACCUACUCCUCUAAACAUUUCUGAAUAUUCUAGUUCACCUGACAGAAUUACACCACAGGAUUCUUGGGUGGUACGUUCAGAGCAUUCUUCUGAAUAUAAAGCAAGAAAUUCUGAUGCCUUUGAGUCAAAAGAGAACUGUGUCGAGGAGAAAUCUCAAGAAGUACAAAACUCUUUAGAAAAUAUUGAAAGUCUUCCUGGCCAGUUAGAAAAUCCAGAACAUGUGAAGGAACAUGGAUCUAAUGAAGGGGAAAACAAAGAGAGAAGUGAAAAACCUGUUGAAACGCUGAGAAAGUUUUGGGUUAAUAAAUGUGCAAAAGAACAGAUUAGCAAGCGGCUUGAUGGUACCCAAUACUUGUUCUUACCACCAAAUCGCUAUAUUUUCCAUGGUGCUGAAGUUUACUCGGACUCUGAAGAUGAUGUCAUAUCCUCCAGUUCUUGUGGAAGUAGCAGUGAUAGUGGGACUUGUCAUAGUCCAAGCUUAGACAUAGAAGAUGAAAGUGAAAUUGAAGAAUUCUAUAAUGGCGUAGAAGAAGAUGAUGCUCCUGAUAGAGAAGAGGAGAAUGGAUUUGGGGAAGAUGGAAUUGACCUUCAAGAUUCUGUUGAUGAGUCAGUUUCUGUAAAUGAGGCUGUAGGAUUUGACUGUUCAGCUGACAGGCUGUAAAGCAGUUACUGACUGGUUUCAGGAACUUUCCCACCAGCAUUAGUUUUGGCAUGUCAGAAUGAAUGUGUUACUGAAUUUAGAGCAAGGAAAACAAGGAUGUAAUGUUUAUAAACAACUAGAGUAGAUUUUCAUGCAUAGUUUUCUAACUUUUCCAAUCAAAUUCUAUAAAGGCACACUCAACACUAAUCUUUUUUGCAUUUUGAAUUUUGAAGAAGGUACUAAGUAUCUUUUUACUGUCACUACAUUCUCUCUUAUUAAGUUGAUCUCUGUGUGUAUAUAGACAGUAUUUUUGCUUAACAAAUUUCAACCUGUUUUAUUUUUGAACCAUUUGAAAAAGCCAUUGGAAUGUUAAUAUAAUAUAAAGGGAACAGCUAAUCUAGACCAAAGAAUGGUAUUUUUCACUUCUCUUGCUCUGUAACAUUUUGAUUUAUUUAAAGCCUGCUUAUGUCUCUUCUAACUUUGUUAUUGCAUAAUCUGUUUAGACACUGGUAUUUCCCCAAGGUUACUAUGGCAGCUAUUAAAAAAAACAAAACAAAACACACGACUCUUCAUGUUGAGCAUAUUUGCAUGUGAGCAUAUUGAAAAUAAUUAGGCGUCAUAGUGAGCACCCAAAAAUCUCUGACUGCUUAGAUUGCUAUAAAGUGCUAAUUUUGAAAAAAAAACUUCCUGUGGAUAUGUAAUAGUGCCUGCUGGCUUGUAAAAUUCUUAACAGGUAAGUGUUAAAUAAGAAAAUUUUGGUUGGCACAAAAGAGAGGUUUGGUACAGGGAGUCUUUCUACAAAACACUUAAUGUAUAAAAACCUUUGUGUACACUGCCAGGAUGUGAAUAUGUAAAUGUACUGAAGGCGUGUAUAUAAUAUUAAGAAUAGGGAACCAGUCUCUACCCAACUGCAGAAGUGUUUCUAUACUUUUCAGUACCUUACAGAAGCAUUUAUAAGGAGUUGUGUAUGCUUCCAAUAUACAUACAAAAAUAGAAAUUUAAACACAACUUUAAAAUGCCGAUUAAGAUUCAGCAAUUCAGAUCCUUCUAUCUGAAGAACCUAAUGCCACUUGUUCAUACAGUGUUAUACAAACAUCAGCUACAAAAAUUUGUCCCAUUGCUACCACAAGUGUGGAUGUCACAAGUGUUUCUGGCUGCAGAUUGUUUCACCCUUCACAAUUUGAUUCCUACCUGUGCAUUCAGUAGUAAGUUUUUGCAUCUAUUCUUGAAACCACUUUUCAGAUGUCCCAAGAGAGCUCUACAGUUAUUGAAAAUUCAUGUGCAUUGUUUUCAUAUUUAUUCCUUUUGAAAUAUGUACAGUAGCUGUCCUUUAGACAAUACAUCUGUUCUGUAACACAGCAUAACAAAGUGUUAAGAAUGGCCUUUUGUGUUCAUCUGAAAAAUGUUGGCAUGUUUUCUCAUGGUCCGAGGUUCUAAAUAACAGGACUUGCUGGACGACACUAAAGAAUGCAAUAUGUUUUGCUUUUGCUUGCAUGUCAAAAUGUAUUUGUGCUAUAGGAGAUAUUUUAAAUGGAAAUAUUUUGUUUUUAAAUUAUUUUUACAGUGUGGAUUAUUUUCUGCUUUUAUAUUGUAUAUAGUGUCUUUUAUGUAACCAAUUGGCAAGUUUUGUAGAAGACAGUUUUAAAAUGACCCGGCUCUCUUCCUGCAACUUUUCAAAUACAAAACCAGUGUUUUAUACUCGUACAGUCUGUUUUAAAGUCUAUUAAAUUGUCUUUUAACUUUUGGUUGCUGUUAA